AUGCUAGAGCGGGUCGCGCGCCAGGAGAGCUUCUCGGCGGCGCUCUUCUUCCCGUGGUCGGCCGCGGUUUUCACUGCCGCGUUCGACAGUGCGGCGGCAGACGGCCGGUCAUUCAACGGUGUCGAAAGACGGGGCAGGUGGAUCUCCAGCAUGGGCGUCAGGAGGUGCGAGAAGAGCUCACGCGUCGUGAGGCGCCUUGCCACGCUGCCCUUGGAUCAGCAGCUUCUCGUGUCCGAGUCGGCCGACGAGCCCGAGGGCGGGCUGCAGUUCGGACGCGUCGGCAAGUACGCGAAGCGAUUCCAGGGUCCAAACUGCACCCUGCGGGCCUACAGAGCCUGUUGGCAGGAGAUGUGGCUAAGGACGGCCGCGCAGGAGAGGCUGGCCGCGCUGGAGGCCGAGGCCGCGGCG